UGCCUUUGUGUUCCUUUCUCAUGUAUCCUGAAUGUGAGACUCCGCUUACACCAGUCAACUAGUCAGACCUGUUCUAGGUGCAGAGGUCACAGCUAAGAAAACUCAGUUACAUUGCUACAUCUGUACUUCUGUUAGUGACUUUUGGCAAACUUUACAGGAAGACGGAAGGGAUUUGAUUAUUAUAUUCAGAAGGGAGGGACGUGGACAUUGUCCAGACCACAGGUUGGAAACUGGCCGCUCCUGAUCAGACUCACCUGUUAAUGCAGGAGAAAGCUAUAAAGGAAGCAGCUGGGUUCAUCUUAAAGAAGAAGUCAUAGUACGCUGGUUGGUUGAUGUUGUGUGAUACGGCGGCAGGGCAAAGGUCUAGAAUAUAAAUGCCCGUUACUGAUGUGACUCCGAGUCCCUUCGCAGGAACAUGAAUUUUAACAUGUUAGAUUGGCAAGGUACUAACAAAGACGGUGCGGAGAAGAAGCAUUCGCCACACAGCAGCAUGAAGAUGUCAAACUGCAGUACAGAAGAAGAUACGGACAACAGAUCUUCCUUUAUACGGGAUGCGAGAAGCAUGAAGAUGAUGGAAAGCGUGAGCAGGACUCCAUCACCUGCCACAAUAAGUAAAAGGAAAAGAGGAAUGAGAGGAAGCUUAUGGAGCACAACCGGAUCACUACCAUUUGGUGGAGCAUGGAUCUCAGCAGCUAGCUUUGAUGUUGUUGAUAGUCAAGAACAGCAGCCGCAAGAUUCUGGGGUCGGGGGUUUGGUACUUGACCCUGUGGAGCACGCAUGGAUGCUUAUGGUUGCAGAAGGCAAUUUUGAGGAGCUCCAGGAUUCACUACAACAGGAUCCUACCUUGCUUUACAAAAGAGAUUUUGUAACUGGUUACUCGGUGAUGCAUUGGAUUGCCAAACACGGCCAACAUGAGGAUUUUAUUAGACUUAUGGAUUUUGCAUGUGCUCAUGGCUACUAUUUGGAUAUCAACACUCGUGCUAGUGGCGGUUUAACUCCACUCCACAUUGCAGCAUUACAGGGGCAUGAUAUGCUCAUCAAGGUUCUGGUAGGUGCAUACAAUGCAGAUAUUCAUAUCCGUGACCAUAAUGGCCGAAAAGCUUGGCAGUACUUAAGGAGCAGGACUGAUGGGAAUCUACUGAUACUCUUAGGCGCUCCUGAAGAAGAGGAAGCCGGUGCAACGGCUAGCAUCAACAACAAUAACAACAGUCACGCGGCUACGCUGCAGAAAAUGGCGCAAUGGGACUAUGUUGAAAUGGAUUCUCUGCCUAAAGUAGCUUUGUCAGUAGCACCCCUCAGAAACUUUAUAAGGAACGCUUAUAGUUUCCUUAAGAACUGGUAAAUUUUCAUUAUGGUAUAUCAGGCAGCAAGAUUAUGAAUUGCACUAGUUUAUUUUGGUAAAAAAAGACAAUUAAUUAACUUGCACUCCGAGUUGGAGACUAAUAUGAAAUGACACUCAUAAGUCAAAUAAGUCAAAUUCAUUUCAUAGAGAAUGGUGUAACUAGCAAAUUUCUAAAUUGCUUCAUUUAAAAAAUCUGCAUCCACCUGAAAAAAAGCUGUAAAGUCAUGGCCACUAGGGGCCUCACUUCCACCUAAUUUGCCGUCCACUGCCUGUUGUCAGGCAAGAUAGGUCCCUUGUAACAGAGACUCAGAAGACAGCUCACAGGGAAUGGGGGCAUGCCAGAGCUAACCUUAGCCUGAUAAAAUAACAGCUUCUACACAGCUUUUGAAGAUUAUAGGAGUCUCGUGUGUUCCCCCUUCUUAUCUGUUCUGUGAGCUCUGGAGCUGAAAACAAACAUAGUGGAAUGCAAAGGAAAAGACGUUACAGCAGUACAGUGAUGGCAGAUUUCACAGAAGGGAUACACCCCUGCUUCUGAGUGAAGUGCAUCUAGCUGUGCAACUUAAACAGGGAAUAAUAUGGCUGAAAAUCAUUAGGGAAGCCCAAAAAGACCUAUUUAUUCACAGUUAUGAUUAUACAAAGAAGCACAGCCAUUAUGCUUUUUUUUCUCAGGUAUGCUCUAAAGAGGUUGUCCUAUCAGGAAAAGUGCACUCCAUAGUAAUCCAAAGAACUCUGGGAUCUCAAGUAAAGAACCCCCCCAUAUAAUCUAUAUGCCAAGGAGUCCACUGUUUGCUUUAAUAUCUCCCAUCAUGCAAAUGGAACAAUAUUUCUUUGUGUUGCUUGGGUUUAUAGGAGUGCGUACCUGUCCCCUUGUCCUCCUAAACAGGGCAGCUCCAAUUCAGAUUAAAGUGUAACUGUCGUUCUUUUUUUAUUUUUGUAAUGUAUAGAGGCAGUGAUACUGACCAUUUUUGUACUAUACUUUCGUGCAUUUCUAUUAGAAAAAUAGCACUA